AUGAAGCUUUUCGGGUUAUUGAACUUGAUCGCUGGUGUUGUUGCCAUUGCUGGCAUUCUCGCCGGUCUUAUCGUACAAUUUCAAAACCGUCAAGAAAUAAGAAAAUUGAACCAUGCGGUUUCGUACUAUUUCACCAUUCGCCUCUCGCAAUUUUCGUAUUCUGAAGUCCAACAAGAUUAUGCGUCUGCCGCUCGCAAAAUUCAAUCACAGUUGGAGUAUGCGCUGAACGGAGCGGCGAAUGGUGCUGAUAGUCCUCAGCAUAAACGUCAAAAGAGAGAGAUUCAUUGCUGCAAGGGCGCCUCAAUAACAAUUUUGGGUAUAGCAGAUGAUCAACGCGGUGGUGUCGCGGUAGUGUCCGGUAUGUCAUACACAGCCAACAAUGCUCCGAAACUGCAUGAAUUGAAGGCGAAAAUCAAUAGCAUGUUUGGUGCAACCGUUGAAAAAACGAUCGGUGAGCGUUGA